UUAUUGAUUGUGACAGGAUUCAAAAACAAAACAAAAAGUUAAAGCGUGCCUAGCGGGAGAAGCAUUAAUAGAUCGCAAUUUCGCGAAAUAAAAAUAAAUUUAAUUUGUUUAAAUCUAACUAAUUUAGGUAACAAUGAAUGCACCACCUACAUUCGAAUCAUUUUUGCUUUACGAAGGCGAAAAAAAAAUCAUCAAAGAACUAGACACGAAAGUUCCGAACGCCGCAAUCUUCACCGUCAAUAAGGAGGACCACACUCUCGGAAACAUGAUUCGCAACCAACUGUUGAAGGACCCAAACGUGUUGUUCGCCGGCUACAAGCUUCCUCACCCGCUGGAGCACAAGUUCGUCAUCCGGAUUCAGACCACUUCAGACUACUCGCCCCAGGAAGCUUUCAUGAAUGCAAUCACCGAUCUGCUUUCGGAGCUAUCGCUGUUCGAGGAACGCUUCCGCGAGGCGUACAAGGAGAAGAAGGAGGGUGUGGAUUAGUGGAUUGUUUCUCAUUAUUUUCCUUCGAUGAAAAAAGGGCGAGGCGUUUUGAAUUGUGUUUUAAUUUUUAAAGUAUAUUCCUAUGUGAUCCCUAUCUAAGCUUCGACUAUCGACACUUCACUAGUUGGUACCUAUUUUCGACGUAACAAAUGUAAUAAAGACUAAUUACAAGAAA